AUGGAGAACAUGAAAUCUCCAUUCAGAGGGAUAGCAAGGGACAUUAGAGGAAGAGCAUCGUGUUACAAACAAGAUUGGAUUGCUGGUAUUAAGUCUGGAAUUGGGAUAUUAGCUCCAACAGCUUACAUUUUCUUUGCUUCUGCACUUCCGGUCAUUGCUUUUGGAGAGCAACUUAGCAGAGAUACAGAUGGAAGCUUGAGCACUGUGGAGACUUUGGCUUCUACUGCUAUAUGUGGCAUCAUACACUCUAUUCUUGGUGGUCAACCUCUUCUUAUACUUGGAGUUGCAGAACCUACAAUCAUAAUGUAUACAUAUUUGUAUAAUUUUGCCAAAGGGAGGCAAGAUUUGGGUCAACAACUAUUCUUAGCUUGGGCAGGAUGGGUAUGCACAUGGACAGCUCUAUUGUUGUUUCUUUUGGCGAUUUUCAAUGCUUGUGCUAUUAUCACCAGAUUCACGAGGAUUGCAGGGGAAACAUUUGGGAUGUUAAUUUCUGUACUUUUCAUUCAAGAGGCCAUCAAGGGACUGGUGAGCGAGUUCAAAACUCCCAAAUCUGAUGAACCAAAAUCAGUUAAAGAUCACUUUCAGUGGCUUUACACUAAUGGCUUGCUUGGUAUUAUUUAUUCGUUUGGACUUCUAUACACCGCAUUAAGAAGUAGGAGAGCAAGAUCCUGGUUGUAUGGAACAGGGUGUGUUAGAAGCUUCAUAGCAGACUAUGGGGUUCCAUUGAUGGUUGUAGUGUGGACAACACUCUCUUUCUGUGUACCAAGCAAAAUUCCAUCUGGUGUUCCAAGAAGGCUCUUUAGCCCACUCUUAUGGGAUUCUGAAUCUUUAUACCAUUGGACUGUAAUCAAGGACAUGGGCAAGGUUCCUCCGGUUUAUAUCUUGGCUGCCUUCAUCCCAGCUGUUAUGAUAGCCGGGCUUUAUUUCUUUGAUCAUAGUGUUGCUUCACAACUGGCUCAGCAAAAAGAAUUCAAUCUCAAGAAUCCAUCUGCUUAUCAUUAUGACAUUUUCUUACUUGGAUUUAUGACACUGCUUUGUGGAUUAAUUGGACUACCCCCGUCAAAUGGCGUCUUGCCUCAGUCCCCCAUGCACUCUAAAAGCCUAGCAGUUCUUAAAAGACAGCUUAUCAGAAAGAAGAUGGUGGAGAGUGCUAAUGAAAGCAUAAAACAGAAAGCUAGCAAUUCUGAAAUGUACAACAAGAUGCAAAACGUGUUCAUAGAAAUCGACAACUCCCCAAUUAAAAAUGUUAUAGUUAAAGAACUACGAGACUUGCAGGAAGCAGUCAUGAAUGUAGAAAUCGAAGGAAAAAACAUGAAGGAGAAAUUUGAUCCUGAGAAACACAUCGAUGCCUACUUACCUGUCCGUGUCAAUGAGCAAAGGGUCAGCAACUUUCUACAAUCGAUUCUCUUAGCACUGUCUAUAUGUGGCAUGCCCUUAAUAAAAUUGAUACCCACAUCGGUUUUAUGGGGAUAUUUUGCUUACAUGGCCAUCGACAGUCUUCCUGGAAACCAAUUCUGGGAAAGAAUCUUGCUUAUUUUCGUUCCCCAUAGUCGAAGAUACAAGGUUCUUGAAAGGGUUCAUGCUUCUUUUGUUGAAUCUGUGCCAUAUAGAACCAUUGUCAUGUUCACGAUCUUCCAGAUUGUGUAUUUCCUUACGUGUUUCGGUGUGACAUGGAUACCUAUUGCGGGGAUUCUCUUCCCUGUUCCAUUCUUCCUUCUGAUAACCAUACGACAACACAUUCUACCAAAGCUGUUUCAUCCUUAUCAUUUGAGUGAACUGGAUGCAGCCGAGUAUGAGGAAAUUGUGGGUGGGCCAUCAAGACAUACCAGCUUUAAUCUUAGGGAAAUUGAUGGUGUUGAUAGCAAGAACGAUGAAGAUGAAGUGACGUUGUGUGAUGCUGAAAUAUUAGAUGAAAUGACUACAAAUAGAGGCGAGAUCAAGAUUCGAAAUCUUAGCUUCAACGAAGAUAAACGAACCCAGAUUUACCCCGGUGAUGUUAUCCGGCCCGAGUGA